AUGCAGGGAGAGGGGGAGAAGAAGGGGCACGCCGUCGUCAUCCCGUACCCUCUGCAAGGGCACGUUAUCCCCGCCGUCCAUCUCGCCAUCAAGCUGGCCACCGAGGGCCUCACCGUCACCUUCGUUAACACGGAGGCCGUCCACCGGCGCACCUCCACAGCCCGCCACACCGCCGCCGCCGGCAGCGGCGACGAUGACGACAUCUUCGAGGGGGUCCGCAGCGCCGCCGGCCUGGACAUCCGCUACGAGCUCGUCAGCGAUGGCCUCCCGGCGGACUUCGACAGGUCCUCGAACCACGACCAGUUCAUGCUGGCCCUCCUCCACGUGUCCUCCGCCCACGUCGAAUCCCUCCUCCGCAGGAUCUCCUGCCGUCACCCGCCGCCGACCUGCCUCAUUGCCGAUACCUUCUUCGUCUGGCCCGCCGCCCUAUCCAGCAAGUUCGGCCUCCUUCACGCCUCCUUCUGGACCGAGCCCGCUCUGGUUUUCUCUCUCUACUACCACCUCGACCUCCUCAGAUACUACGGCCACUUCGCCUCCUCCGGUAACACGACGAUCUCUCUGUCACCCUCUAUCUCUAUCUCUUUCUCUCUCCCUUCUUCCUCACCGUCUUCUCGUGGGCAGAGAACAACAGGGAGGAUGCCAUAGAUUACGUCCCCGGGGUGGGGGCGAUGGAUCCGGGGGACCUGAUGUCGUACCUGCAGGAGAAGGAUACGUCCUCCGUCGUGCACCAGAUCAUCUUCAGGGCGUUCGAGGGGGCGAAGGCGGCGGACCUGGUGCUCUGCAACACGGCGGAGGAGCUCGAACCGGCGACCGUGGCGGCGCUCCGCCGGGAGAAGCCCUUCUACACCGUCGGUCCCCUCUUCCCCGCCGGCUUCCCCACCAGCCCCGUGAAGACCAGCAUGUGGCCUGAAGCAAACUGCGCGCAGUGGCUCGCCACCAGGCCCCGGGGAACCGUCCUGUACGUCUCCUUUGGCAGCUAUGCCCAGCUCCGGCGAGGGGACCUGGAGGAGAUCGCGAUGGGAGUCCUGCAGAGCGGGGUCAGCUUCCUGUGGGCGCUACGGCCGGGUAUUGCCGGCGCCGGCGAGGGGGAGCCGCUGCCGCUAGCUUUGGCGGAGGGCGGAGGCGGAGGGAGGGGGCUGGUGGUGCCGUGGUGUAACCAGGCGGCGGUCCUAUCCAACGACGCCGUGGGAGGGUUCCUGAGCCACUGCGGAUGGAACUCCGUGCUGGAGAGCAUCUGGUGCGGCGUGCCGCUGCUGUGCUUCCCCCUGCUGACGGACCAGUUCACCAACAGGAAGCUGGUCGUCGACGAAUGGAGGAUCGGGCUCGAGGUAAGCGGCCGAGGGAGCGCGGCGCGGAGGGAGGAGGUGGCGCGUAAGAUCGGCCUGCUGAUGGGCGGCGGCGCCGCCCGCGACAGCCUCGACGCGGCGAUGAAGGAGGCGAGGGGUGCCCUUGCCAGCGCCGGCGGAUCUUCCCGCAGGAACCUCGACCAGUUCAUCCUCGACCUCAAGGCUCGGUGA